AUGCAACCAGAUUUAACGCGCCUGACUCUGGGAACUGGCGAUGCUCAGCCUGCUGCCAUGUCUGCGUACAGUGGUGGUGCGUCACGGUCAUCGCAAUAUACACCGCGACAGAUGAGAGUCACGGACGUCACACGAGAGUUCUCAGAUGCUUCUGCAGAAUUGCGGCAGGGACAAUUGGUCAAGGAUGAUUUCUUUACGCUUUUCGAGGCUGUCGGAGCACUAGAGGUAACUCGGCUCUCUCGGAUAUCAUAG